AUGGCAGUGGAGAAGAAGAGAGGUUCUUGGCAACUGCAAAGCUGUCAAUACCUCGGAGAAAUCUCAGCUCUAUGUUUUCUUCACCUACCUUCGAGCUUCUCUUCUUUCCCUUAUCUCAUCGCCGGGUCGGGUUCUCAAAUCAUGGUGUAUGAUUUGGAAGUGGGAAGAAUGGUAAGGUCGUUCGACGUGUUCCAAGGCAUUCGAGUGCAUGGGAUAGUUUGUUGUAGCUCUACUGAUUGCGCAGAGGGAACAUUGCCUUCUGUUGUUGCUUUCAACAUUGUCGUAUUUGGCGAAAGGAGAGUGAAGAUGUUUAGUUUGCAGGUUGCAAUGGGGCAGCUAGUGAGUGUCAGUUUGACGCUCUUACAGUCCUUGCCAAAGUUUGCUAAUUGGGUAUUGGAUGUUUCAUUCUUGAAGGGGUCUGUGAGUGGUUCGAAUGAGGAGGGUGAUUGUCUUGCUAUAGGGUGUACUGACAACUCUGUCCAGCUUUGGGAUGUCACAACUUCUACUGUGGUUCUUGAAGUUCAACAUCCUGAGAAAACCCUUCUGUAUUCAAUGCGGGUAUGGGGUGACAAUCUUCAAGCUCUCCGUGUUGCAUCUGGUACUAUCUAUAACGAGAUCAUUGUUUGGAAAGUGGUUCCUCAGUAUGAUGCAUCAUCUUUAGCAAGUCAAGUAGAAGACCACAUUGAUCAGAGUAAUUUAUUCCCAAACUGUGUUCAACCUCAUGGUUGCCAGUAUGAAGCUAGUCAUAUGUGCAAACUUUCUGGACAUGAAGGUUCCAUUUUCCGCAUAGCGUGGUCCUUUGAUGGAUCCAAACUGGUUUCCGUCUCUGACGAUCGCAGUGCUCGUGUUUGGGAAGUUUCCUCUGAGACGAAACAUUCUGAGAAGCUAGGGGAAUCCAUUGGCCUUGUGCUGUUUGGUCACAAUGCCCGAGUUUGGGACUGCUGUAUUUUUGGUUCUUUGAUUGUCACUGCUGGUGAGGAUUGUACAUGUCGUGUGUGGGGACUGGAUGGUAAACACCUUCAAAUGAUCAAGGAGCACGCAGGAAGGGGAAUAUGGCGAUGUUUGUAUGAUCCAAACUCUUCACUUCUCAUUACUGCUGGUUUUGACUCUGCAAUAAAAGUGCAUCAGCUGCACGUUUCACUCUCUUGGGGACUGGAGGGACCUGCAGAGACAAAAGAAAUCGAUAGAACGAUUGCGUACACAACUCAUAUCCCUACUUUGUCGGAGCAUAGUGGACCUAUGGACAGCAAAAGCGAAUAUGUACGUUGCUUGCACUUUGCACGUGAGGAUACACUAUACAUUUCCACAAACCAUGGUUAUCUGUACCAUGCUAAAUUAUUGGACAAUGGAGAAGUAGAAUGGACUGAACUUGUCCGCCUCAGUGAAGAAGUGCCGAUUGUUUGCAUGGAUUUAUUGUCAGAACCAUUUGAACUUUGCUGUAGUGUUGAGGAUUGGGUUGCUGUUGGAGAUGGUAAAGGAAACAUGACAGUCGUCGGGGUUAUACAUGAUGCUUGUACCCCAAAAGUGGGUUUUGCCCUUACUUGGUCUGCUGGAAUGGAGAGACAACUCCUAGGAACACAUUGGUGCAAGUCACUAGGUUAUGGGUACAUCUUCUCAGCUGACCCUAGAGGAACAUUGAAGCUUUGGAGGUUGUCUAACCAUUCUGCCAGGAGCUAUGUAUCUCUUGUAGCAGAAUUCACAUCUAGUUUUGGAAUCCGAAUCAUGUGCUUAGAUGCAUCUUUGGACGAAGAGGUAUUGGUAUGUGGAGAUAUACGUGGUAAUCUUGUUUUGUUUCCUUUGCGGAAGGGCGUGUUGCAGGGCACAGAGGUGGCAUCUAAUGUGAAAAUAUCUCCGUCAAAUUAUUUCAAAGGAGCUCAUGGGAUAUCAAGUGUUUCAAGUGUUUCUGUAGGUAGACUAAGUUCCAGUCAGAUUGAAAUAUGCUCGACAGGAGCAGAUGGUUGUAUAUGCUAUCUGGAAUAUGAAACAGAUAGGAAGACAUUAGAGUUUACAGGGAUGAAGCAAGUGAAGGAGUUGAGUCUUAUUCAAUCCGUCUCCACUGAUAACAGCUCUGUCAGUGAGUUGUCAAGCUGCCAUUGUGCUGCUGGUUUUGCAUCAGUGGAUUUUAUUAUUUGGAACUUAAUGACUGAGACCAAGGUUGUGCGAAUUCCAUGCGGUGGAUGGCGUCGUCCUCAUUCCUAUUAUCUUGGUGAUAUACCAGAAAUAAAGAACUGCUUUGCAUAUGUUAAGGAUGAAAUCAUUUAUAUUCAUAGGCAGUGGGUGCUUGAUAGUGAAAGGAAGAUACUCUCCAGGAAUUUGCAUAUUCAAUUCCAUGGGAGAGAGAUGCAUUCCAUAUGCUUUGUCUCAGAAGGAUUUCAACCUGGAGUAUAUAGGAAGCACAGCCUCUUCUCUGGAUCUAGUUGGAUCGCAACUGGGUGUGAAGAUGGAACUGUGAGGUUGACUAGGUAUAUGUCAGGGGUUGAGAAUUGGUCUGCAUCAAAAUUGCUUGGGGAGCAUGUUGGUGGAUCAGCUGUGAGAUCUAUAUGCUCUGUGUCAAAGAUAAGCAUAGUUCUGUCAGAUGUGACCAACAUACCCGAUACGAAUGGACAAAGUGCAGCAAUGGAGAACAUAGAAACUCCGGUUUUGUUGAUAUCCGUUGGUGCAAAGCGGGUGUUGACUUCUUGGCUACUAAGAAGUAGGAAGGUAGACAAGAAGGAAGAACAGCAUAACAUCGCUGGAAAUAGCAAUAAAGUUUUGUUGCAAGAGUCAUCUUCAAUGUCAUUCCAGUGGCUUUCCACAGAUAUGCCCGCCAAGUAUUCUAGUGCUCAUAAGUUUCCAGAAAACAAAGAGAAAAAGGCUGGUCUAGCUCCGAAUGUUUCUAGUGCAGAAGCUGAUGGAAGAUCUAUGUCACUGUCUUCAGAGAAUGGAAAGAUGGAGUUGAAAUCUGGCAUUAAGGAUAAAUAUGAAGAUGACUGGAGAUACCUGGCUGUCACUGCUUUUUUGGUUAAAUGUGCUGGUUCCAGGAUUACCGUCUGUUUUAUUGUAGUCGCUUGUUCAGAUGCCACCCUUGCAUUACGGGCUCUUGUUUUACCAUAUAGGCUAUGGUUUGAUGUUGCUAUAUUAUUUCCUUUGUCAUCACCAGUUUUGGCAUUGCAGCAUGUUAUCCUUCCCACAUGUCUCCCUUCUGAAGAAAAUGUUCAGAUUGGAAGUUUGUAUAUUCUCAUUAGUGGGGCUACUGAUGGAAGUAUUGGUUUUUGGGACCUCACUAGAAGCAUUCAGGCUUUCAUGCAGCUGGUAUCAGUACUUGAUGUAGAAAAGUUCAUUGAUUGUCAGAAACGGCCACGGACAGGGAGAGGAAGUCAGGGUGGACGACAGUGGAGGUCUUUAGGCAGUAGCAUGUCAAAGAAUAGACUAGGCGCUGGUUCCGCCACUGUAAAAUCUGGAAAGGAAACUGAUCACAAUUUGCUUGAUCGUGUUAUGGAUGGAACCUCAGAGAUGCUAAAUGAUUAUGAAAGCAGCAGAACAGCUUCUUCACAAGCUACUGCUUCCCUGGAUUCAGAAGUGAAUGCUUGUGAUUCCUCAUCUGAUAUAUGUGAAAUAUCUCCUUUAUAUGUUUUCAAGAACAUUCAUCAAUCUGGUGUCAAUUCUCUCCAUGUUUCAGAUGUAGAGGGUUGUCAAAGUCCUGAACUUGGUUUUCUUUACAAUUUAAUUAGUGGGGGUGAUGAUCAAGCCCUUAGCUGUCUUAGGUUUGAAUUGUCAGUGUCAGCAUCAGACUCUGAAUUUGAGAACAUGACACUGGAUGUCAGAAAGUCAGUCACUCAACUUGGAAAUGCUAAGAACUUUAUUCAUUCUAGUCAAGACAAGAACUAUUGGAUCAGAUUCCUAAAUCAUGAUAUAGUCCCCUCAGCUCACAGCUCUGCUGUAAAAGGUGUUUGGACAGAUGGAUCUUGGGUUUUUUCCACUGGUCUGGAUCAGCGUGUCAGGUGCUGGCGUCUUGAGGAGGAAGGUAUACUAAUUGAGCAUGCUUAUUUAAUCAUCAGUGUCCCAGAGCCAGAAGCGCUGGAUGCUAAAGUGUGUGGCAGGAACCAUUAUCAGAUUGCAGUAGCUGGAAGAGGAAUGCAAAUGCUUGAGUUCUCUGAAAUUCAAGACGUCAGUUGA